AUGGCAGGCUCUUUGGUCGCAAAAUUGUUUAAAGCUUCUGAGACUUUGGAUCUUUAUCCUAUUGAUGAUGUGUUUCUAGGUAUGUGUUUGGAGGUCAUCAAGGUCAACCCUAUAAUGCAUGAAGGCUUUAAAACUUUUGGUAUUGUAAGAAACAAGAACAGCAAGAUGAACAAGGAGCCCUGCUUCUUCCGUAGCAUGCUUGUUGUUCACAAAUUAUUACCUCCUGAACUGCUGCAGAUGUGGGAGCUUGUACAUAGUAAUUUGACUUGUUCUCGAAAAGUUAACAUUCUUUAG